ACAAAUGGCUCUUAGUUUAGAAGGAAACAAAAGUUUUUGUACUUUUUUUCCUUUUAAAUAAUUAAAUCACUUCUCCAUUCAACAGAAAAUGUCGAAAGGAACUGCAGAUGAGAGAAGGGUAAAAAUUUAGACAAGAUGUGCUGUAUAGACAGUACCAUGGCUAAGUGACCCAACAAAGGUAUGCUUAAAAAUAACAAUGAAAAGAGUUAGGCUUUCCAGUACACAUACUACUACUCAUCCAUUGGUUUGACAACUAAAGCAAAGAAAAUCUAAAAUGAAAGUCCUUAAGGACUAGUAGAGUUGCUUGCUAAAAGCAGCUGCUGAUAUGGGGAGCUUAGCAUGAGAUGGUAGGAUCAGUAAUGAAUAUAGACAUUCAGUUUCCUGCCGCUUUUAAUCUGAACAGGAAGGGUGUCGUGACACCCUGAUUGGACAAAAGAACAAUACUGCUCUCAAUGACUAAUUCACUAAUUAACAUUGUCUCCAAGACACAGAUCAAACAGCUGGUCUGCACAGCCCUACAAUCAACUACUGAGUCAAAGGGAUCUCGGACUGACUGAGCAUGAAUUUGAGAAGUAACAUUGAACUUAGCAAAAAUGAAAUUAUAUGCACUGAAUGAGACUAACUGGCAAACUCCAUAGGAUACGGGUGACUGCUACAGAUGAACUCACAUGGUGGCCUGUUCUUGGGCCUAGCUCAAGGCCUCAUCCACACCCUUCAUCUCUCUCAGCCAUUUAAGACUGCACUUUCUUCACGCGGAAAGAGAUACUUCGGUUACAUGGAAGAUACCAUGAACUGGCUCCACAUUUAGUACCAAUGGACUACACCCAUGACCCUGACGUCAAACUGCCCUCAGCGCUCAUCGUCAACAUGCCGGAACUGAAGGAGAAUCCCUUCAGGAGCAGAAUUGUGGAGUCCUUUUCUGAGGACGGAGAAGGGAAUCUCAGCUUCAACGACUUUGUUGACAUGUUCUCUGUGCUCAGCGAAAUGGCUCCACGAGAACUUAAGGCCAUCUAUGCUUUCAAGAUAUACGACUUCAAUACAGACAAUUUCAUCUGCAAGGAGGAUCUGGAGAAAACCUUGAACAAGCUGACGAGGGAGGAACUGACGCCAGAGGAGGUGAACUUAGUGUGCGAGAAGGCCAUCGAGGAGGCGGAUCUGGAUGGGGACAGCAAGCUCUCGUUCGCCGACUUUGAAAACAUGAUUUCCAGGGCUCCUGACUUCUUAAGCACCUUCCAUAUACGAAUCUGAGAGGGCUCACAGGAAGGAUAUCCAGGUGCGGGCCAGUCACAUGACGUGACCGGGUCCUCUUGACCUCAGCAGACCGGGACUCCUGCUUUGGCGUGGGCUGAUGGCAGAACCCCACCUCGUCUCUGCGGCAGAAGCUGUCUCUCUCUGAGGAGGGCAGGCGUGCUGUUCCCUGGCCAGCGGACCACGGCAGAGAACAUGACCCCGCCCCCUCACCGCGCCCCUGACCACACCCUGACUACAGCACAGUGCCUGUCUGCGCUCUCCCUCACCUCUGGGCCGCCUCUGAGGUGCAUCCGUGCAAAAACGUAACUCGGCAGUGGCCAAUCGUCACAUGGGCUCGGAUUCCAGAAUCUGUUUUUUUUUUUUUUUUGUCUUUUUAAAGAAGGAAGCACAGGCCUUUGUGCCAUUUCACCGUUUUCCACUGAAAAGGAUUUGGGAAAUAAACACACAGAUAAAAUUUGAUGCAUGCUUUUGUUCUCCCCCUGCCCCAAAGGGUUCUUAAAACUGGUUGAGCUACGAUGAGUUAAUGGGAAACACAACCAAGAGAAAGAUGAAACCUGCAUUUUGUGUGUUCUUUAGAAAGAACAGAAGAAAGAAAAAGGAAAGAGUGAUGUGGGCUUUAUGGAUACCUCCUGAACAACACUGUCCCACACCUGGGGGGACAUUUCUGCACAUCUGUGCCUGAACUGUUUGGCUUUUUUUCUUUAGUAUUCACUGCAGCGUGUGUCUGUUGCACAUUGUAGCUGAGAACUGGACACUCCACAUAUGACCAGACAGGACGGCUCGUAAACCCGGUGUGCGCCAAGGAAAACAAAAUGAAGGGGAUAGCAAAAAAAAAGCACAGCACUGGCACCAAGGACACAAAAAAAGAUUUCAUUUCGUUUAACCGCUAUGCAAUCUUUCUCCAUGAAAUGCAUGAAUGCUUCCGUUUCCCUGCUGCAAAUUGCUGUGUCAUUUUAAUUCCAGUAUUGCUAAUACUGUAUACUGGAGCAUGACGACAAUCAUAUCUAACUGUUCUCCAGUUGAAGGAAGGGCUCCCUCAUCUCCACUUCAUUCACUCACCCAAUCAUUCAGAAGUCUCCCAUCUUUAUAUUACGCUUUAAUAAACUUUUUUCCCGUCUUUAACGUUGAGAUGUUACAUAUACAUUGCAGUCCCUAAAUACACCUCUUUUCCAGUAUUUGAUGUGAUAUAGACCAUUUGGCUAAACUUUGAAUAAAUGAGUUUUCUGUU